CCAAAAUGGCGGCCACACUAAUCAGAACGAGAGUGUCAAGACAGAUAUUUCCCAGCUUAAAUUGUUUAAUUAAUGAGACGAGACAAUCGUGGAUUAGUAGAAGAUGUUCAACAGCGAAUAAGGACAUUACAGAAGAUGAAGAUUUCGGAGAAAUGUUGAGAAAUUCACAAUUUGUAAAACUCGGAAGGCCGGGCGGCAAGAAAGUGMUUGGUAAAGUUAGUCAUAUUGUACAAAGAGAAAAGAACAAGGAUGUUUACGUGGACUUUGGAUGGAAAUUUCAUGCUGUUAAUAGUGUUCCCUUACAAAGAGAUUUUGAAGUUGGAGACAAAGUUGAAGUUAUAAUCCAAAGUCUAGAAGCUACAGGCCAUUUUCUUGGGCAAAGCAAAAGAAUAACUUUAAAUGAAGCAGAAGCAAAGUUUGUUAAGAUGAAAGAUUGACUGCACAAAGUAUAACUUGUGUUUAUUUUUUAUUAAGGUUGUGUAAUUUUGUGAKAUUACAUGCAGGUGUAAAUACUUGACAGAAUAUUUUUAAAAUAUUCAAAGAAAAGUAGAAUGUGACUACAUAUAUGGUAAUAUAGUAUGUGAUCUGUCAUGAGUAAAUCAUUGACUUGACUGAAGACUGAAUGCUUUUUAAAAAUUUGUGACUGUCCUUUAUGAGCUUUUAAACUGCUCACAGUUUCAUAUGUGCAUAAAAAUCUUAUAUUAUAUAAACAUAAACGGUUAAAAUCAACUUCGUAAGAGUUUCUGGAUGUUUUUAAACAUAGCUGUAAACCUUA